CGUGCGUGCAUGCGUGCGCGCGCGCAUGUGUGCAGCAGCAGCACCAGUAGAGAAGCUAUAGUAACCUUUCACCCACUAACAUCGCUGUGAGUUCUCACGCUUUCUCACCUCUAUAUAAGCGUCGAUAACGGAGGCUUUAUUAACACCAUCAUCGUCACGAUUAACAGCAUAUUCUCAUUGACGGCAUAAUUCAGGAUGUUAUCCUAUCUUACCCGCUGGAUGUCCAGAGGUGCAGUCCAGGCACUAAAGGGGGCAAGCAGUCGGCCACAUCCGGUCAAAACACCUCGAAUCGGGAAUCAGACACUGGCAGCAGCCAGCCUGCCUAUUCCUGGGGGUAGUCCAGGGGUGAGACAGGCCCAAGCAAUGGAUCGAGAGAGACUGCUGCAGAUCGAAUGGGAUGAUGGGUCUUGUAGUUUGUACCCCUUCACCUGGUUGAGAGAUAACUGCCAAUGUCCUCUCUGUAUGCUGCAGUCAGCGCAGGCACGCAGUUUGCUGCUCUCAGAUUUGGAUGUGCACACUGGGAUGGACCAAGUGCAGCUGAUGGACAAUAAGGUGUCCAUAACUUGGCCUGAUCAGCACAGUAGUGUGUUUGAGCCUGACUGGCUGAAGAAAAGGUGUUUUUCCACUGAGGCAAGACAGGCACUGCAAGAGGAACUCUUCCUUAAUGAGCGAGAAUACUGGGAUUCAGGUCUACAGAUCCCCACGUUAGACUUCAAGGAGGUUUUGCAUGAUGACAAGACAGCUUUGGCAUGGCUGGAAGCUCUGAGACGUAUUGGCAUCGUCUACCUGACGGGGGCGCCAGUGGAGCAGGGCCAGGUGGCCAGACUGAGUCAGAGAAUUGGUUAUCUCCGACUCACUUUUUACGGACACACGUGGCAAGUGCAGGACAAGGCUAUGGCUAACAAUGUUGCAUAUACUUCUGGCAAAUUAAGCUUGCACACAGACUACCCUGCUCUGCACCAUCCUCCUGGGGUGCAGUUCCUCCAUUGCAUCCGUCAGGCUGAGCAAGGUGGUGAAAGCGAAGUGGUUGAUGGCUUUCAUAUGGCAGAGCAGCUCAGAACGGAGGAUCCUGAAGCAUUUAACAUCCUCUCUUCUGUCAGAGUCGAUUUCACAGACAGCGGUGCGGAUUACUGUGACUUCAGCGUGCAGUCCAAACACCACAUUAUAGAUGUGGACACUGAGGGUCGUGUUGUAAGGAUCAACUAUAACAAUGCCACACGAGACUCUGUGUUAGAUCUGCCUCUAAAUCAGGUUCAGCCCUUCUAUUCUUCUCUAAAGGCCUUUGUGGAUCUGCUCAGCAGGCCUGAGAAUAUGUUCACAUACAAAAUGAAACCAGGCGACUUGGUGACCUUUGAUAAUUGGCGUCUAUUGCAUGGCCGAAAAAGCUACGUGUCGCAUUCGGUUCAGAAAAAUCGCAACAGCACCAGACAUCUAGAAGGAGCAUAUCUAGACUGGGAUGAGGUCAUGUCCCGUCUCAGGAUCCUCCGGAAGACGGCACGUGGAGACAUCUAGGUGAUGCCUUUCGUGGACCACACUGUGUGUCAUUAACUGAUAACAAGUUUGUAUCCGGUUAGUCCUUUGAUUUUGGGUUACCCGUACUUAGAGGAACUGUAGCAACUCUUCACCUCAGAAAGCUUUGGAUUUUAGAAGGGAUAUUUCUCAAUGGUGCAUUUCAGUUUUGUCAUGUAGAUCAUUUGUCCUGUGGAUAAAUCUGUCAUAUGGCUUUUCAUUUUAAUUCUUCAAUGCUUUUUGCACAUGCUUAGAAAGCUCAUUCAUUUCAUUUCCCUUACUGGGGUCUCUUGAGAUGGUUUAGAUUUUAAAAUUGUGGGACAAUUUUUAUUAAACACUUAGCCUUAUUUGUGGAUAACUGCCUUAAGUAUGCAGUCAAUACAAUGAUUUGUUUCUAUACCACCCAUGUUUUCAUUACUCAUGUCCCCCAAUCCCAAAAUGUUUUAGAUGUCUCAUUAAAACACCUGAUUCAACUCAUCCGCUUGGUACAGGAAGGGGGGCUGAUAAGUAGACCUUUUUAUAUAGGGAAACGUUUAAAACAUUCUGGAUGGGGGAUGCCGAGGACUGGACUGGCUCAUGUCAUUCAUGCUGAGAUGCUAGUCAGCUAAUGGCCCAAUGUGUGGUUAUGUUUAUCAGGAAAGCUCUUAACAGAACCAAAAAGCCCAUAUUUUAUCAUUUCCCUUUAAGAUUUAACCAUUGAUUUUGAGAUUGAUUUAUUCUACAUCUCCUUUUAUAAUAUAUUAAAUACAGCCUUUAGUUUAACCCAUCUAUUUUGCACAUUUAAUUGUAGACUUUCAUGAACAAUCUACACUGCAAAAAAUGACUUUUUUACUUAGUAUUUUUGUCAUGUUUUCAGUAAAAAUAUUUAACAAUUCUUAAAUUAAGAUGUAUGUUCUUGAUGAGCAAAAUGACCUAGGAAAAUAAGUCUAGUGUUUAGACAAAAAAUAUAAACUUUAAGUAAAUUGGUGCUUAAAACAAGCAAAAAAAAUCUACCAAUGGAAUAAGAACAUUUUUCUUGAAAUAAGUUUACUUUUUUAUAACACUUAAUUAAAUUUUUAUGAAAGUUUUUUCAUAUUCCAUUGGCAGAUUAUUUUAUUUUUGCUCAUUAAGAAAAUACAUCUUAAUGUAAGAAUUUUUAGAUAUUUUUACUGAAAACAAGACAAAAAUACAAAGUAAGAAAGUCAUUUUUUGCGAUGUAAAAAAAUUGUUUGCUAGUAUUGUAACUGUAGUUCAGACAAUGAUGGUAUAUUUAGUAUUGCAAGAAAAUAUUUAUGUGGCACUUCAAGUUUUUAGCUUAUGUCCAAACGCAACAUGGAUUGGUUUUGAACAGCUUUUUCAUUUUUUCUCAAGUAUUUCUCUUUCAAUAUAUAAAUAUUGAUACCGGAGAUUUUUUAUUAUAUUUAAAUGGGAGGAAAAACUUCCCCAGUAGACGUUGGCCUAUUUGUACAAAUGCAGUAACAAUGCAAACACAGCAUAUGUAGCUAAAGACAUGAUAAUGUAAAUAAUGUCUUUGUAUGAAAUAUGUUAGCUAUAAAUCUAGAGUUAGAUAUUUUUGUGUGUAAAACAACAGACAAUGUUGUUAUUUAAACUGCUCUGGAUUAUUCAGUAGGCAAUUGUUGAGCUAAGAGGCUAUAUUGUCAAGUCUUAAUGUAAUUAUGAAAAUGUUAUACGAGUUGGGGUAUUACAAUGAAAUGGUUGGGGUCUGACAUGUAUUUUUUUAAAUGAAAAUAAAAAUAAAAGACAUAAAUAAUGUAA